CCGGGGCUUGAAUGAGUAAUGGCGAGUGUGAUGUGUCCACUUCGUGACAGGUUGAACAUGUAAACAAACUUGUUCCGCAGCCCGGGCUGGAUGUCCCAGAUAGAGAGGUGUAUAAGGUGGAGAGAAACGACUCCCAGGUGUGCACACUGAUGGUCUAGAGCCUCCAGAGCUUGAGGCAGAGGAGGAGGAACACCAGGUUAUCUCAAGAUGGCUUCGCGGGUAACUUUCGUUACUGGCACGGCCGAGGUCAAGAGAAGAGAUCACAAUGGUUUUGAUGUUAUGGAGAAGCCUAAGGUUGCUUUGAUGGACGGCAAGUGUGACUGCUGUCCCUACGGAUACCACAUCGACCUGGACUUCGUGAACUUCUGCGAGAACAUCACCAGCGGCUCCACGCUGAAGCAGCUGAAGCGGAUCCAGCGGGCCAAGCGGAAGCUGCGCAAGUCGAUGGAGGUGAUGCUGCAGCAGCAGAGCCAGGCUCGCAUGGAGGAGGCGGGAACGCCACCCCCCGACGUCGUGCACUCCACCGAGGCGAGUCGACUGAUGCACAUGGUGGAGUACGAGCAGUCGUCCACUCACAGGAUCCUGGAUGAGAUUGACUCCUCGGUUGAUCAGACCAUAGCUCACAUUGACUACAUGAUGAGGCCGACACGCAAACAGCAGCGAUAUUUCAGUUCAGACAGCGAGGAUGGCAUCAGUCCUGUCAGUCCGACACGAUAUAAUACAUUCCCACUACGACGAAGUCCAAAUGGCGACGAAUCUUCGCAUUUUGCUACAUCACUGUCAACCUCCGGACGAACCGAUUCCAUGAGCUCGCUGUCGUCUGUUUCCACUGUAUCAAGCGAGAACCCUCAAGGUCAGAUAAUGUCAACCCAUGGCGGCCAUGGGACACAGUUUGUCCAUACCACUGCCACAGCAGAAAUAGCUCACCCAACCCACAGCCAAACAAUGAACCAAUCCCACACCAAAUCUCACAGCCAAUCCCACAGCACCCUCACUCACAUGCACAGCAGUCAGAGCACUCACCAGUCUCAGAAGUACCGCACGGUCACGUCUGCCCAGCUGGCAGAGACAAUGGCCACUCACUUCCCCCAGACAGAGAGAGAUGGUGCCAUAUCUCCCCAGUCCAACACCGCCAACAUCAGCAAGAUGUCCCUGUCUGCAAUUCGGGAGGCCAUGGCCAUGAGCCUGCAGAGAAUGAAGGACCUGGAGGAACAGGUGAAGGCCCUGCCCAUCAUGCAAGUUAGAAUCUCGGUGCUGAAGGAGGAGAAGAGGCUACUGAUGCUGCAACUCAAGGCAAGGAACAGCAAGCUGAACACCAGGAGUGUUGGAGUUGGAGACAAGUCCAUUCAUGAAGUUGAAGUGGCUGAAUCUAUGCCUGUCAUGAAGAUAGUACAAGCUCAGUCUCCAGUCAAGUCAAUCAGGUUCCCAGAAGUACCCUUUUCUCCAAUGUCACCUCAGAUGUCACCUCAGAUGUCACCUUUGAAGAGCCCUCCUCCAACCCUGCCCAAACCCAAGAAAUCUCGAACCAUUGGUAUUGGAGAACACAGUGUAAUUGAACCAUACCUGCUACGACCAGAUCUCCCAACAGGAUACACAGUGAAAGAAAAUGAGGUCCACACAGAGAUCAGAACCUACGUCUCUGAGGUGGAGACUCUGAGUCGUUCCAUGAGGGAUAUGCCUCGUCUUGAGACCACGUUUGACCCUCAACUGAGGAGUCCGAUGAUGUCUCCCAUUCAGGCGUCAAGUCCGAAGACUCACAUCACGAUCAACCAGAUCCAGAGAGGAGGACCUAAGGCACUGACUCGCAGCAUCGGAGUCGGGGAUGGCAACGUGUUCGACAAUUCUGGUUUGCACAUCCAUGAAAAGGAACUGAGGACUGUCAUCAUUGGCCAAGGGGGACCAGUUGGCAAGAGGAACGUUGGUGUUGAAUGUCGAGUCCCUACGAGAGACGUGGGGGUCUCGUAUGUGUGUGAUGAUGAAAAGCCUUCAACAAGAACAGUUGGGAUAAAUGUUGACACUGGCAGCCUCCUGACAUCCUUGAGCUUCAAAGGGGAGGAACUCAGAGGAGCCCUGCGGGAUAUGCUCAGUAAAAAUGUCCGUUCCAUUGGCACAAAUUGUAACUUCAGACCUUUGACCAACGAUGUUGGCACCGAGUCAGAUCAGAUAAAAACGAUGACUAUAGGCGUGGGAGACUGCCGGACAGAUGUUGAGGUACGAGCUCACAACGUGAUGAGGUCAGUUGGCGUGGGCUUCCAUCCCGAGAUGACCAGCCGCUACGUGGGCACUGAGAAAGGAUGGAUGCUUGACCAGGGAACCAACACUCCAGUUCUGGACAAGAAGAGCAAGAGCACAUCCACAGAGAAGCCUAGGUUUGUGUAUGCCUCCACUAAUACAGACUCAGCCCCACUCAGAAACAGCAGCAACCAGACAGACCACAAAAUAUUCCAUGCAACAGACCAGCUGAAGAAUGUCAGCUGUAAUACCCACAAAAUAGCUGCCCAGUCCAUGGGGGUUAAUACUGAUUUCAAGUGUUUGAAGUCCGAUACUUUUGAUUUUGCAAUUACAUUCCAGAAUGAAUCUUCCAAUACAGACUUCAGCAUUGCUGAUAAAGGUGUGAACACUGAUAGGGGAUAUAGUAAGAAGGGCGCUGCGAAGUCCGUGAAGACUGUUGGUGUGAGUGAGGACACGGUUGAUGUGGUGAGGGACAGUGGUCAGAGACAGUUUGGAGAGCAGGUGUCGAGGAGCUCGGUGGAAACUGUCAGCACUGUGCGUAGCAACCAGAGCACCACAGUGAAUAGCGGAGGCAGCUACAUGCCAGCCGAUAUGAGUAAGUUCAUGAGUGUGGGAGGUUCUUCCAGUGUCAAGUCGAAGAGCAGUUCUGCAGGAAGCACCGAGGUCAAGAGGAGACAACUAGAGAGUUCACAAAACUCAUCACCCAAAAGGAAGUCGGGGGAUGACUUCGAGGAAUACCGAUAUUCUGAAGAGUCAUUCGUUAUUCGUGGUAAUGAUUUGGAGCAUGGGGACUUUGAAAUUGUGAAAGAUUUAGGUGGGACUGAAAAGAGGAUUGUAGCAAAGAAAUCUGAUUUGCCCCUUGAAGAAGUGCUAGGGAUUGAUGGACAAUCAAAGACAGGCAAGCGGCACUCUGGCGGGGGAGGUGGACGGACGAUCAGAGAAGAACACGUAACUUACAGAAGCUCGGGAACAGACUUAGGACUGUCCAGAACAUCUGGAGGGAAGGGAGAACAUGAUAGAGUUGAUGGCAGUGGUGGAGAGGCUGUGGGAUACAUCAGGUAUCUUCAGGACUCCACUGAUGGAGAUGGUCAAAGCGGGACGUCAAGUGCACACAGUACUUCUAUGAUUUCUGCUGACGAGGUGUUGAGGCAGAGCAGUAGCGGCAGCUCAGAAUCGGCAGGAGGAAGUGGAAUGACAUCAAUGCAGGAAACUGUCACUCGGAGAAGUCUCGGUGGUGGAGGUGGUGGUGGUAUGACAACUGUUCAAGAGACUGUUGUGCAGAGAAAUACUGGGAGUAGAGGUGGCAGUGGUAUGACUAUUGUACAAGCAGGUGGAGGUGGUUUCACGUUUGCGCAAGGAAGCGGAGGUGGUAGUGGCAUGACAACUAUUCAAGGAGGUGGUAGCGGCAUGACAACUAUUCAAGGAAGUGGAGGUGGUAGCGGCAUGACAACUAUUCAAGGAAGUGGAGGUGGUAGCGGCAUGACAACUAUUCAAGGAAGUGGAGGUGGUAGUGGCAUGACAACUAUUCAAGGAAGUGGAGGUGGUAGUGGCAUGACAACUAUUCAAGGAAGUGGAGGUGGUAGUGGCAUGACAACUAUUCAAGGAAGUGGAGGUGGUAGUGGCAUGACAACUAUUCAAGAGACUGUUGUGCAGAGAAAUAUCGGUGGCAGAGGUGGCAGUGGUAUGACUAUUGUACAAGCUGGUGGAGGUGGUUUCACUUUUGGACAAGGAAGUGGAGGUGGUAGCGGUAUGGCAACUGUUCAAGGCAGCGGAGGUGGUAGCGGUGUGACAACUGUUCAAGAGACUGUUGUGCAGAGAAGUGGAGGAGGUAGCAGUUUCUCCUCUUCAUCUCAGUCUUCAUCAUCUCAUGGUCUGACUCUAAAUGUGGACAACGCUAGUCCAAGGUUAAACAGACAUGGAUUAUGGGAAAGGGCUGGUGGCAUUGACGAAAUAGCUGGCUUCACUCUGAGUACAAGCCCAACCCGCCUCAGUGGCGGAUCCUUCACAUCAGACUCAGGAGGCUCUGACACCCAGAUCUCCACCGAGAGUCCAGAUAGUGGCAGGCAGAAGUCAGUUGUCACACGAACCGUGACCACAACGCGAUCCACGAAAGGUGGUGGUGAUGUGACAGUUGAGGAGACGACGUCCUCUCAAGGAGGGAAGGUGACUUCCACAAAGACUGUAACUGGAAACCCAGACCUGCUUGGCAGCAACCAGAGACAUGAACAGUCCUCAGUGUUGAAAUCAGAACUGAAUGUUUUAGAUGGUAAUUUGACUUCAUCACAGAUUUCCAAUGAGAGUGGGUUCUCGUUGACGCCCAGCCACUCCGAAGGGGACUUCAACCAGGGGCUGGGAAGUGACUUGGACCGAAAUAGAAUGUCCUCUUCCCACAGCAGUGUAAAUACAUCCUUCGACUCCGAGAACGGCACCCUCAAGUCGUGCAUCAAACGCAGCAAGUCAGACACACAGGUGAAGAAAGGAAUCUCAUUUGCUUCAACAGUGGUUGGAGGCAAACAGGCUUCAGUGAAAAGGACGGACUCGGAGGAAUCAACUGACGAGGAGUCCGGGAAUGAGGAGGCGGAGGGUUCCGACAGCAGCUACGAGGAGGGGUCGUACGAUGGUCGUCAUGGCAACAUUGUAUAUCAGUGCAAAGAUGAUGAGGCAAUUGCCAAGGGCAUCCCUGGUGCUAAGAUGUUUGAUCAGAAUAUUCGAGAGACGUUUGAGCUGAGUCAAGAUAUGCGGACAUCGUGCAAGGUCCUCGCCACCUACCUGGUUGAUUCCACAACCAUCAAAACUUCCGAACUGAAUACCAACCUCGGUACAAUCCAGAAGGAGUGGUUUAACAUCUCCAGCCAGAAGCUGUCCGACCACUACCAGGUGGAGGACUUCAUGUCAUCCUUCAACGAGAUCUCCAAGAAGCUGCUGGAGUACAUCGUCAAUAUGGCCGACCCAAAUGGAAACACCGCCCUCCACUACGCAGUUUCCAACUGCAACUUUGAUGUCUGUAACCUCUUCCUCGACUCGGGUGUAGUGGACGUCAAUAAGCAGAACAAGGCAGGCUACACCCCGGUGAUGCUGGCCUCCCUGGCGUACAUUCAGACCCAUGGCCAGAUCGAGACCGUGCGCCGACUCUUCAAGCAGGGAGACGUGAAUGUCCGGUCUACUCAGGCAGGUCAGACAGCCCUGAUGCUGGCGAUCAGUCAUGGCCGCACCAACAUGGUGGAGUUUCUUCUGGAUGCCGGAGCAGACGUCAACGCCCACGACAACGAUGGUUCCACCGCACUCAUGUGUGCAUGUGAACAUGGCCACAACGACAUUGUAAAGGUGUUGCUGAGUCAUCCCGCUACUGAUGCCAACCUGACCGACAACGACGGCAGCACGGCCCUGUCAAUUGCGAUGGAGGCAGGCCACAAAGAUAUUGGUGUGGUUCUUUACGCACACCUUAAUUUCUCCAAGACCUCACCUGGUCUUGUGAGAAAACGCAAGAGUUCCAGCUCGCCCACACCAAGUCUUUAGACACUGCAGCACUGAUGUUAUGAAGAAUGGCUUCAGCCGGCAUUCCCGGUAACAGUAGUCAUGGAAACAAUGCUGUGAGAGGACUCCCUUUGACCAUUGGAUGGCUGGACACUGAUGUGGUCAGGGAUUCAACAAUGCAAGGGAGACAACUCUUGAUAUUAUCUUGCUACUAUGUGCCAUUUGUAUAAAGGACAAUUCCCUCUAGUAUCUAUGCAGUGUGUUGUUUGUAUGUCGGUUUAUACACACUACUAUCUCGCCUCCUCUGGACACGAUGCUCGCCUCAGCUCUACCUCGUAGUUUCUCAUCGUUCUCCGACACAUUCUCAACAACCCAGGUUUACAUGUUCCUUGCUCCAUUGCUCCAUGCGAGCAGCGCAGAAUAGACUCACAUGGGUUUUCCGGAAGGCGCAAUGUAAAAUAUUUUUGCCUUUAUACCUUGAUUAAAAUAUGCAUGCUUGUUAGACAGCUAGAUCAUUUCAAAGAAGUUUUUUGAAAAUCUAGUUGACAUUUUAAAACGAGGUUGUUUGUCAGCUUUUACUCUAUUUAUGAUCAUGAUAUUGAUUUGUUUUAACACUGGUGAUGUGCAUUGUUACAUUGCAGUACUAGUUAUUUUAUUUGAGAUUUUAUGCAGGUUUGCUUUUAGCGUUUCAAUAAAUCAUUGCGAUACAAUGUAGAUUUGACCUCAGUGUAGUUUUAUGACCUUGUAAAGAACAUGUAAUAAUACACAAAUAUUUAGGACAUAAAACUUCCUGUUUGUCUGCUGGUGCACCGAGCUGCAGUCAGUAACAGUGUUAAGUGUGUUGUCCUAGGAGAAGACUUCCUGCUGCAUACUUAAUGUUAUUUUAGCGUGCUAUUGAUAUUACAAUAUAAUGCUGUAAGUGGAUCUGUUAGAUUUAUUUUUGCUUUUGAAGACAUAUAUUUUAAGUCUUUGAAAGGCAUUUAGAAGUGAUACACAAAAGGAAGAGAAUUUAUGGAUGUCAACUUCUUUAUUAUGAGGAACACAACGUUUCGGAUAAUAUACUUACUCCUUCACCAUUUCAUUUCACGUGAUGAAGGUGUAAGUAUAUACUCCGAAAUGUUGUGUUCCUCAUAAUAUAGAAGUUGACAUCCAUAAAUUCUCUUCCUGACAUAUAUUUUGCUUGGUAGAAACUAAUUUUAUAUAGACGUAAUUUGAAAUUUACUCUCCAAAUUUGUUACACAUGAGAGAAAUAUUUGUCAGUUUAUUUUUUAAAGUUAUUAACAUCAAUAUUUGCUAUUGUGUGAUAUCUACAACUUAGAGGCUUUUGCAUAGACACAUGUUGAUUGUCCUAGAUGUGUAUGCCAAUGAGAGUGUCAUCAUUAACUCUUGCUCUGCCCUCUUUGUAACUACUACUAUGGUGCUAUAUCAUUAUCAUUCGCUUAGCACAGGAAGAGUUAAUGAUACUAUCUGUAACCAUGGCGAGGAGACACUGAGAGGUGACAAAUUGUGUGUUUUGUUGUAUUCCAAUGUCUACACUCAGAUUACGUUAUACCAUUGUAAAGUCUCCAGCUUGGACAUGUAAUGAUCGUCUUCUAUGCUGAUGAAGUAUGAGUUGUGUACUCGGGAUGUGACGGGAUUGGGUGUGAAGGGAUAUAUGUUGGGAUCGGAUUAUGUCAGACUUUAAUCCUGAGGUUGGAUUCUGAACAGCAUUAUGCAGAUACAUUUGAGAAAUUGCAGCAUAGCAUAACACAAUAACAAAGGUUGUGACGACAUGAAAAUUGAUCUCACUGUGGAGUAUCAGGUGGUUAUGACCCUGGCUUGUGUUCGUCUAGGUUUGUCUGACAGGUCGGGCAGAAUCUGUUUGUCUGACAAUCUAGAAGUCAAGCAGGAUGUGACUGCAGGGACAGAAAUUAACCCCGAAAGUCGUCCAUUCAUUGACAAUAUACAGUGAAACCUGUCAUCUUAAUAAUUUCUGUUGAGCAUGUCAAAAUAUAAUGAGAUAGACAUUUAUUAGUACCGUGAUGUGUAAAUGAAGACAUUUAUUUGUUUGGAUUAAUUUGGUUCAAAGUUUUGGAAAACCAACUGAACAGUUUGAUAUACUACCACCUUCAAGGUACUUUUAGUUUAAAGAAGUGGCCCUGUCAGGAAUUAAAUUGCUAAUGCCCAAAUUAAAUGGCAUCUAAGCAUUCAGUUAUUUCUCCAAACAUGAAAUAAUUGAUAUAUAAUUACAACCCAAUAAUUGCCCAUUUGUUGAUUGUUGUAUUGACUCUCCAUCCCCUGAACGCCAGCCCCUGGCCCAGAUUGUGUAUUGUAACCUUGACAGUAGCGGCUUCAUGCAAAGAUGACCAGCUUUGUAUUCAGAUACAGUCUGCAUUUAAGUGGAAGAAACUAGCAUGUGUACAGGAGUUUAGUGAUGUACAGUAAUAUAUUCCCAUGUAUUUAUUGAUCAACGUAUAUACUUUCUCUUCUGUCAACAACCUUCCAUGUAUCGUCAUACCAUUCAUAUUCAACCACCGGAAGUGUAAAGGUCAUAGCAACAUUAACCCGUGUAACUCGGCUUGUUUGGUAGUCCUGUGAUCCUAUUGGUUAAAGGGUUAAGUUCACUACACCAGGAUGUCGGUCAGAACAUCAAUCUAGACUUGUGUACUUGGGUCGUCUUCAGAACACCAAGCUAGACUUGUGUACGUGGGUCGUCUUCAGAACACCAAUCUAGACUUGUCUACUUGGGUCGUCUUCAGAACACCAAUCUAGACUUGUCUACUUGGGUCGUCUUCAGAACACCAAUCUAGACUUGUCUACUUGGGUCGUCUUCAGAACACCAAUCUAGACUUGUCUACUUGGGUCGUCUUCAGAACACCAAUCUAGACUUUUGUACUUGGGUCGUCUUCAGAACACCAAUCUAGACUUGUGUACUUGGGUCGUCUUCAGAACACCAAUCUAGACUUGUGUACUUGGGUCGUCUUCAGAACACCAAUCUAGACUUGUCUACUUGGGUCGUCUUCAGACCACCAAUCUAGACUUGUCUACUUGGGUCGUCUUCAGACCACCAAUCUAGAUUUGUGGAUUUGGGUCAUCUUCAGACCACCAAUCUAGACUUGUCUACUUGGGCCGUCUUCAGAACACCAAUCUAGACUUGUCUACUUGGGUCGUCUUCAGAACACCAAUCUAGACUUGUCUACUUGGGUCAUCUUCAGACCACCAAUCUAGACUUGUCUACUUGGGCCGUCUUCAGAACACCAAUCUAGACUUGUCUACUUGGGCCGUCUUCAGAAAACCAAUCUAGACUUCUGUACCUCGUGUUACUACCGGUAUGUUUUUACGAUACAAUACAAUUGUGUGGUGUAUGGUUAAAUCACAAGCUUGCCACACCUACGAUCUGUGUUUGAUUCCCACAAAGUUUAUGAUUGCCAUGAAACCUUUUACAAACCUGACUUUUGUCCAUCCUCACGUGUGAAGGGCUGUGUUGACCAGAACAUGUUUUUUCUUGCCAUAGAAGAUAUCAUCUUAACACACAUCUUCUUUUUUUUUUUAAAUGACGCAUUUCACUGAUGUUAUCAUCGUGGCUUAAUUAAGUGUUGGCAAUAGAGGUGAGAUUUGAAAUAUCUGAUUAUGGGUUGUUGUGUAUUGGGUGAAUAUGUCAGCCAUUGCCCCAGGAUGUAGGAUGUGGAAUGUUUGACCUACUUUCUACAGGGAUGUAAUGAUACGAGUUAUAUGACAGUGGCAGGCUUCUAUCCCUGUCGCCUGCCGUUGUCUGUGGAUGUCCAUGUCAAGGAUGUGAUAACAGCUAUAACAGCCACAACUAGGGUGUAUUCACCUGUUGCUGUGGUUACAGUGUCACACACCAUGCUGUUGCUGCACAUUUUCAGUGGCCUGUUAAGAUCAAUGAAGCAGAUUUUUGUUGUUUAUAAUUUUCUAUGGGGGUGGUGAGAUUGAAUGCCUUUCAUAGAUUCGGUUCAUGUUGAUAUCAAUUCAACAUUGUAAAAAACAUACUCAUUGAAGGAAAUCUGAUCGUGUUUCUGUGAAGAGGUUUGUCAAUGAUGAGCUUGUUUAUUUUUAAUCCAUCUUGUUAAGAGAUGUAACUCAAUAGUAACAUACCGUUUAGAAUGUUUCUUAAUUUGGGAUUAGGGUGGGUGGGGAUUAUAAAUAUGGGGUGAAAUCAGUGCUUCAUUGAAAUUAUUACAAGACCUCUGGCAUUCUUUUCUUUUAUUUAUAGUUCACAACACAUUCAAAACAAAAUUCAACAAAUUGCAAAAAUAUGUUUUAUUUUUUUAUUUGCAACAAUUUCCGAUUGUGUCCAUUGUUGGUAGAUGUCUGAAAGGCAUGACUGAGACCCUUUAACAUCAUUCCAAGCAGGAAUGUUGUACACACAUGACUCAGGAGGCACCAGGUUACACUUCUCCCACCCUGUCUCCUGUACAGACACUGGCAAUCCCCCGACACUCAUCUUGUGAGGCUGACCCACUCCUCUGCCCUCUGUUUCCUUGUCCAAGUCUUAGCAUCCUGUUUUAUGAAUGAUCUCUUGAUAAGGGUUGUGUCUUGUUUUGUUUUUAACUCCAUCUUGUGAUGCAGGUCACUUUUCACUGAUGUUUAAGGUUGUUUGAAGGUAUGUUAGAGAAAUAAUGUGUAAAUAUUCCUGUCAAAUGCAUUCCACUUUAGUUUUACAAAUUAUUUACUUCAGGUUAAGUUUGUAUUUUUGUUGAACACAUUAUUAAAAAAAUACAUAAUAAAAAAGUUGGGAUAGUUGAAUUCCAUGAAAUAGUGCCUUAGAUUUCCCUUUAGUUUCCAGGUUUAUCUAAGUGGUUAUACCUGUAGAGUAUACAAGAAGACAAUGGAUCAAUGUUUUUUCUUUCUCUGUUAUUUCACAGGCAGCCAUGAUAUAGCUGUAAUAUUGCUGACUCGGGCGUAAUGGAGUUAACUCUCUCACUCUUUGUUUUUACCAAGUUUCAGUUAAUAAGUCUGUCUAGAAUGGUUUCCACUGCCCUGUCUCCACUGAACAGCUGUGUGUAUGUAUGUAUAUAAUAUUCUACAUAACAUUACAUAUCACUAGUCUAUAAGGCAAUAAAGCUUCAUUAACAAUGUA